CAGACCUCCCAGCCCCAGGCUUCACCUGUUCGCAUGCACAUUUCUGCUCCUUUUUUCCACUUGGGAUUGCCUUCCGUUGCCCCAUGAUAAUUACUAAAAACCUCAUGCCUGUAACAAUGCUGUUGUACGCGGGCUGCAGCUUGCUGAUCCUCUCCGUGCCUCUCGCCAGUGCCUCUCUGGCCGAGAUGGUGUUCCGCUGCCCGGGCUGCACCGCGGAGCGCCAGGCGCUGUGCCCAAAGCUCACCGAGACAUGCGCGGAGAUAGUGCGCGAACCGGGCUGCGGGUGCUGCCCCGUGUGCGCCCGGCAAGAGGGCGAGUUGUGCGGCGUGUACACCCCGAGGUGCUCCACCGGUCUGCGAUGCUACCCGACGCCCGACUCGGAGCUUCCCCUGGAGCAACUGGUGCAGGGCCAGGGUCAGUGUCGGCGCAAAGUGGACACCGAGACGAGCACCUACAGCCAGGAGCAGCGGGAUCAAACCAGCGGAGAGGCUGUGGAGCUGCAGCCGGAGCAGGGUGUGAGUGAGAUCCCCAGCGUCCGAAAGCCCAAUAAAGACGCCGCCUGGCUGGGACCCAAAGAGAGCGCCGUACGCCAGCACAGGCAGGAGAUGAAGACCAAGAUGAAGACCAAUAAGGUGGAAGACGUGAAGCCUACACGGGCCAAACAGGCAAGGCAAAGCAGAACUCAGUGUCAGCAGGAACUCGACCAGGUCCUAGAGCGGAUAUCCAAGAUGCCCUUCAGAGAUAACCGAGGGCCUCUGGAAGACCUGUAUGCCCUGCAUAUCCCCAACUGCGACAAGAGGGGGCAGUAUAACCUAAAACAGUGCAAGAUGUCCCUCCAUGGUCAGAGAGGGGAGUGCUGGUGCGUCGACCCGCACACCGGCCGACCCAUCCCGUCAGCCCCGACCGUGAGGGGGGACCCCAACUGCAGCCAGUACCUCAGAGAGCUGGAGCUCCCCGACAUGGCCCAGAUCUAGAGUGGCAUCAAGCAAACAAACAUUAAAAAAAAAAAACAAAAAAAAAACUGUAAAGAGCUUGGGAACA